AUGGAGCGAAAUAAAGAAAGCCAAAGCAGCAUACCGCUGGAAUACCCUUCCACCGCCGAGGCAUCGAAAUUGAAAGAUACUCCUACGGUUCCCUCAGAAGCACCUACUACUAUUCCGCAAUCACUCAAACCCCGCAUCCGCCCAUCUUUCGCGACCCCUCUCCUUCAAUCUACUCGCUCUCAAACUUUGCAAUGGACUCUUCCAAAACCCUUCCAGCAGCAUAAAUUGAUUGGGCGUUCUCGGGCUGCAUGGCACACUUCUUUUCUCGUUCCAUCUCUCAAUGCAGUUCUUGAUGCUGGCGUCCUAAUCGAUGACUCUCGGCCUCAAAACGUUUUUAUUACCCAUGGCCACUCCGACCACUCUCUUGCUAUUCUGGCGUACUGUCGGCGCAUCACACCUCCAGAUGUCUAUGUCCCCUCAGAGACAGCAAUGCAUCUUGAUAACUAUAUUAUGAGCAGCAAAGCUCUCAACUUAGGAUUUUCAGUCAAAAGUUAUCAUAAUUUUGACGAAGAAGGGAAUAGGCAUAGUUUACCAAAUACGGUCGGCGGGAGAUUGAUUCCCUGGGGUGAACAAUUCGACCGUCUUCGUUUAAAUACCCCUUCGCCGAGCCGCAGGUCUAAGACUCCGAGUCCGGUCCCGCCGACGGAUACACCUGCUGAGGCGGAAGACGAUGAUCUUGAUGACGGCGGUGGAGACCCAGCGGAUUUAAUCUUGCCCACGCAUCAUAUCAUCCCAGUAUCUUCAUCUUCAUCCACUAUAUUUCCUCUAAAAACCCAUCCUACAAUUAGUGUCUCCAUCCUUCCCAGAUCACACACUGUUCCCUCUGUUGGUUUCUUAUUCACACAGACCUCCAAUCGCCUAAAAUCCGAGUACCGUUCGUUACCUGGUACCGAACUGAAGAAUCUCCGUCAGCAAGGCGUAGAUAUAACGUACCAACACCGUACGCCCAUCUUCGCUUUCCUUGGCGAUGGGGACCAUACUUCUUUACUCGGUGAUCCAGAGUGGUUAGUGGGCAAUGAAGAUAAGGGUAUUUCGGGGUGUCCGGUGGUCAUUACGGAAUGUAGUUUCUUGUACGAAUCUCAUAGAGCGCAGGCUGUCAAGACGAAACAUACUAUUUGGAAGGAUUUAGAACCGAUUGUGAGGAGGCACAGGGACACGACAUGGGUGCUAAUGCAUUUUAGCAAGAGGUACGGGGACGGGGAGAUUGUAGGGUUUUUUGAGGGGUUGGAAGAGUGUCCGCAGAAUAUUGUGGUGUGGGUAGAUGGGGGGAAUGAGAUUUUAGACAUGAAAGUGAAGAAGGACACAGGAACUAUUUGA